UACACAAAGAAAAACAAAAGAUAAGGUGUAGGACUACACAAGUAGCCAUAAACAAGAGUUUUUCUGGUUCACACUCACUCAACAGGCACAGGGCAGCCAUGUCCAUCAUGCAAAACUCCCCCUCCAUCAAUCAUUAUCACACUCUAUUUCUCAACUCUUUCCCUCAGUUGCAGAAGCAGCAAACUGCUUUAUCUUGUUGUAGAAGAAGGCUCUCACUUAUGGUCAGGGCCCAGCAGGCACCAAUCUCUCCGAACUGGUCUUCUUCUCAAGAUAGACCUGGGAGACGCAGUGUUCUAGCUGCAGGCGUAAUUGCCUCGUUGGUUUCGCUGAUUAAUCAAAAUUCUGCGUCAUUUGCUGCAGAAACUAAAAAGGGAUUUCUGGCGGUAUCAGACAAUAAAGACGGCUACUCAUUUCUUUAUCCAUUUGGGUGGCAGGAAGUUGUCAUAGAAGGUAAGGACAAGGUAUUUAAAGAUGUAAUUGAACCACUGGAAAGUGUGAGCGUGAAUUUGAUUCCAACGAGCAAGCAAAACAUUCGAGACUUCGGGCCUCCACAGCAGGUUGCGGAAACUUUGAUCAAAAAGGUUCUCGCUCCUCCUAACCAGAAAACAAAGCUAGUUGAGGCAACAGAGCAUGACGUAGACGGGAAAAUAUAUUACACGUUUGAGUUUAUUGCUCAAGCUCCGAACUACACCCGCCAUGCUCUCAGCGCUAUCUGUAUAGGCAACGGGAAGUUCUAUACUUUGACGACUGGGGCAAAUGAAAGGAGGUGGGAGAAGAUGAAAGACAAGUUGCGCUCUGUCAUUGAUUCCUUCAAGAUUAUCGAUGUCUAACAUCUGAUUUUUCCUUCAAAUUCUUUUAUGAUGAAUUAAACAGAGGAGGAUCCGAGUUUUCGAUUGUGAGCAAACCGAUGUGCAAUUUUCGUGCAACACCCAGUUCUCUAGUGUGUGUACUGUGUUCCAUCACCGUGGAAUUAUGGGUUCCCUUUUUAUCUCUCUUUGGUAGAGCCAGGAAAUGAAUUUGUUAAUUCAACUUGUAGAUUAUCUAUAUCAAUGAAGAGGAAAGCAUUUUGGCCUCUGAAAGAUUACAAAUGAAC